UUGUAAAUUCGGUCGAACAUUAAUUUCUAUUUUAAUUUCUCCUUUUUUUUCUAGUAGUUUACUAAAUUACCAAUAAAUUUAUAUUGCCCGCCAUGAAUCAUGACAUUUCGUAUUACAAACUAAAGAUCCUAUUCAUCAAUGUCUUUUGCAUGUUAUAUAAGGCAGCCGCUUUAAAUAUAUACCGACUAUAUGACGAUCUGCGUGAAGCUAAGACAUUGAUCAAUGGGUCCAAGCAAGAACUUUGGAUUCGACAGGCAUUCAUAUUUCUAGUAAUGGGUCUGAUAGUGAUACGUUUCGUUUUAUCCUUUUUGGGACUUGCCUCGAAUAUCGUAGCCAUCUAUCCCAUAUUGACAAAUGCUCAACCUGAAAUGCUUCUGCCCACCAUCAUGGUGCAGUCCAUUGACAAUGUUGUCCUCAAUGUCUAUGAGGUCAUUUUGGGCUAUGGCUGUCUAACCUAUUUGUAUCCCUAUAGCUUGUCUCUCUUUAUAGUGUUUCUUGCCAAGAUGUCAAUCAAAAUAAUCGGCAGCCUGUCAAUACUAAAUAUCUAUGCAGAUCAGCAAACACGUUUGAUUGCUCUGGCGGGUCUUAAUGAUGAUGGAAAUAGUAUUGAACGCGAUAGCAUUAAUGAAUUUGAAAUAUCUAGUCAAUAUUUGCAGCAAUAAUAAAUUAAGUGGAAUGAUUCCUA